GCCUCGCAUCACAUCCCAAUAGCUCGUGUAUAGCUUCGUCGCUCACUCACGUUGCAUAAAACGCAGCGUAACACCGCGGACGAUACCUGGUACCGCGCAGAGGCAACCAGCGCUGCACCAAAAGACGCACGCGAAGAGAGCGCGUGUAAAAAAAAGCUGGCAUCCAAGCUGCUGAAACAGGCGUUCUCCAAACUCCGCCUCAAAACAAAGGAGCCGCAAAACGACCAGGAGCCGACCGCCGCGCAAGCCGAGACGGGCAUGGCCGCGAUCCUAGGUGAUGAUCCGCUCGCCCACACGUGCGGCUUCCUCGACGCGCGCGAGCUCGAUGUUUUGAGGACGUGCGGGCGGCGCACGCGCGAAGUCGCCGGCCGCGGUUCGGUGUGGGAGCCCGUGUGUCAACGAAGGUGGAGAGGUAGAAGGCAGCUGAACGAGUGGCGGACGGAGGCGGGAAACGACUGGCGCGCGCACUAUGCGUUGAGGGAGAGGGAAAUACUACGCAAACGAGUGCCCAUCUUCGCCAUGUCGGCCUACCUCGAGGUAGGGAGAAGGACGGACCUCCACUUCUUCGAGCCGCGCUACAAGUGGUUGAUUCGGAUCGCGGCCGAGGACCACGGCGGCCUGUUCGUGUUCUGCACGAACGCUCCUUUAGUCCACCCCCGAAGCCCGCAAUUCAGCUGGGUCUGCGAAGCUAGAAACGUCCAGUUGCUGCCGGACGGAAGGGCGAAUUUGAGCGUCUUCCCGGUCGCGCGGUGUUUGCUACGAAAGCUGUGGCGCGAGCCCGUGCCGGACAUGUUAAAUGCGCCUCAAUUAACAAUGGCCGACGUCGAGGAGCUGCCCGUAUGUAGCGCGCCGCCGCCGCCGGUGACCGAAGACGACGACGACUCGGAAUACUAUUCCGAUAGUGACGACGAGGGCGGCGGCAGGAUGCGCCUGUCGCCGAGCCACCGCCAGCUGCUCGAGCUGCUCGUGGAGAACCCGGACGCGAUGCAGGAGCUCGGGCUCACGCACGAGCGCGUCCAGGAGAUACUGCGCGGCCAGGAGCCGGCGUCGGACACGGACGACACGCUCGACGUCUGAUUGAUCCUUCUCUGUUGACACUUGCAUUAUUGACAUACCCCCCAUCGCCUCGCUGACAUAAUGAUCGUCUGUCC